UCAUCCAAGCUUCUAAAUUCUAUUAAUCCCGAGCUCUUCUCCUUUGUUCUCCCAGCCCUAGGGAUGGUAAUCCAGAAUGGCUACUCUGAUCUAUGUUGACAAGGAAAAUGGAGAACCAGGCACCCGUGUGGCUUCUAAGGAUGGGCUGAAGCUGGGGUCUGGGCCUUCAGUCAAAGCUUUAGAUGGGAGAUCUCAGGUUUCAACACCACAUGUUGGCAAAAUGUUUGAUGCUCCACCAGCUUUACCUAAAGCUGCCAGAAAGGCUUUGGGAACUGUUAACAGAGCUACAGAAAAGUCAAUAAAGACUAAUGGACCCCUCAAACAGAAACAGACAGCCUUCUCUACCAAAAAGAUGACUGAGAAGACCGUUAAAGCAAAAAGCUCUGUUCCUGCCUCAGAUGACACCUAUCCAGAAAUAGAAAAAUUCUUUCCCUUCAACCCAUUAGAUUUCGAGAGUUUCGACCUGCCUGAAGAGCACCAGAUUGCACACAUGCCCUUGAAUGGAGUGCCUCUCAUGAUCCUCGAUGAGGAGAGGGAGCUUGAACAGUUCUUACAGCUGGGCCCCCCUUCACCUCUGAAGAUGCCUCCUCCACCCUGGGAGUCUAAUCUGUUGCAGUCUCCCUCAAGCAUUCUGUCGACCCUGGAUGUUGAAUUGCCACCUGUUUGCUAUGACUUAGAUAUUUAAAUUUCUUAGCACUUUAUAGU